CCGCCCCCGCUGCUGAGCUCCAGAGAGGCGGAUAGAAGAGCUCCGCGUAGCCGCUCACAGACGCUCCUCCGCCGGCCACAGACUCCGCAGCGCCGCCCACGUGUGAUUGGCCAUGACGAUUGGAGCAGGACCAGAACCGGACAUCCAGAAGACACACACUAAAGCGUCUGACCCGCCAAAGACUGAACACACACCGGACGCACACAGAAAGGGUCAGCAUCAGUGUGAGGAAGACUACAUUUCCCAGAAGUCUUUAAGCAGCAGGCUAUCGUGGUCAGCGUUGGGCCGCAGUUACAGACUAAAGAUCAUGGAGUGUAAAAUCACACUGCUGGACGGCACCGACUACACCUGCACUGUGGAGAAGCGGGCGAGGGGUCAGGUGUUGUUUGAGAAGGUCUGCGAUCAUCUCAAUCUGCUGGAGAAGGAUUAUUUUGGCAUCACCUACAGCGACACUGAGAGCCAGAAGAACUGGCUGGACGCCUCCAAAGAGAUCAAGAAGCAGAUCAGCACUUCUCCCUGGAGCUUCGCCUUCAACGUGAAGUUUUAUCCUCCAGAUCCAGCGCAGCUCUCGGAGGACAUUACCAGGUAUUACCUGUGCCUCCAGCUGCGGGAUGAUGUGGUGUCCGGCCGUCUGCCAUGCUCGUUCUCCACUCAUGCGGUCCUGGGCUCCUACACGUUGCAGUCUGAGCUGGGCGACUGCGACUCGGAGCUGCAGAACUCCAGUGCGCUCUCAGACCUGCACUUCGCUCCAAACCAGAGCAAAGAGCUGCAGGACAAAGUGCUGGAGCUGCACCGCGCAUACAGAGGAAUGACUCCUGCUGAAGCCGACAUGUUGUUUUUGGAAAACGCAAAGAAACUCUCCAUGUAUGGAGUCGACCUGCACCGCGCCAAGGAUUCAGAGGGUGUGGAGAUCAUGCUGGGCGUCUGCUCCAGCGGCCUACUCGUCUACAGAGAUAAACUGCGCAUCAAUCGCUUCGCCUGGCCAAAAAUACUCAAGAUCUCCUACAAGAGGAACAACUUCUACAUCAAGGUCCGGCCGGGAGAGCUGGAACAGUUCGAGAGCACCAUCGGAUUUAAGCUCCCGAACCACAAAGCAGCAAAGAGACUGUGGAAAGUGUGUGUGGAGCAUCACACCUUCUUCAGGCUGGUUUCUCCUGAGGCUCCGCCCAAACGCUUCCUGACUCUGGGCUCAAAGUUCCGCUACAGCGGCCGAACGCAAGCGCAGACGCGGAGAGCCAGUUCACAGAUCGCCCGCGCCGCUCCGCAGUUCCAGAGGACCACCAGCAGACGGCACACUGUCACUGCCAGCAUGGACAACACACCGGCGAGUGUUAACCAUGAGGAGGAGCUGACGAGCAGUAAACCCGCCGCUGUCCCGGAUGAGCUCAUCACUGCCGAAACGCCAGAGAAGAAGAGCGAGGAGAAGAUCAACUCCACCGAGGAGGAGAGCAAAACCACCACCGAAGAACCAGAGCAGACCAGCCCCGUCACUAAGUGUGUGUACUCGUCAGAUGCUCUAGUGUCGGAUCUGUCUCUGCCGUCGUCUCCCGUGUCCUCCACUAGAGUGCGCUGCAGGCGGCGUGCGUGUGUGCGUCAGCGCGCCGCCUCCGUCAGUCCGGCUAAGAGCGGCGCGGGCGAGCGGCGGCGGCGGGCACAGGAGGAGCGGCGGGCAGCGCUGCUGGAGGAGCGGGCGCUGCUGCUGUCGGCACGGAAACAGAGGCUGAGUCGCCGGCGCGGGACGCUCUUCUCCUUCUCGCUGCAUCUUCCAGAUGUCUCCGCGUUACUGGACGAUGACGGAUACCUCAGUUUCCCGGAUCUGACGGAGCUGCGCUUCCUGCCGCAGAGUCUGCAGCGCUGCGUGCCCGUGCGCUCGCCCUCGCUCAUCCCCUGCUUCCUGUUCAUCUUCUUCUUCCUGCUGUCCACUUCCUUCUCGGUGCCGUACGCACUCACGCUCUCCUUCCCGCUGGCGCUGUGUCUGUGCUAUCUGGAGCCGCGCGCCGCUAAACUGAGCUCCGAGCUGACGCAGAGCUUACAGGACACAUCUGAGGAUGAGGAGACGGACAGCGAUCAGACGGAUUUGGCCUGUGAUGACGACGACACAUCGCUGACGGAGUCUGACUUUGAGGACGACGCUCACACGAGGUCACAGGAGUCUGAGGAGGUUAAAGCUGAAGCUGAAGACGCUCCAGUAAAGACAGAUCACCUGUCGGAUGGGCUUCAGCAGUGUGAGGAAGCAGUUAAAGAUGUUCCUGUGGUUCACACUGAGACCAAGACCAUCACAUACGAGUCCUCAGAGGCUGAUGCCAAUGGAGACUCUAAUCCAGGUGUGUUCAUGAGCGCUCAGACCAUCACAUCUGAGAAGAACAGUACCACCACCACCACACACAUCACCAAGACGGUGAAGGACGGGAUUUCAGAGACUCGCAUCGAGAAGCGGAUCGUCAUCAGUGGAGAUGCAGACAUCGACCACGAUCAGGCUCUGGCUCAGGCCAUUAAAGAGGCCAAAGAGCAGCACCCAGACAUGUCCGUCACUAAAGUAGUGGUUCAUAAAGAGACUGAGAUCUCGGCGACUGAGGCUCAGGCUUGAGGCCAGAAUGAACACACGACCUCUGACCUCUGGUGACCCGCUCUUCAUCUACACAUCCACAAACUGAAAAACCACAUUUCCAGAACAAACUUUGCCUUAAACUGUCCGAUUUCUGAAACCCGAUAGAUAAAUGUGACGUUUCUGCCACGUGAGUGUAUUUAUAGUCCCGUGUGGAUCUGACAGAGACGCCUCGACACAAUAAUUCUGCUUUUAAUUCUGAAUUUCACUUUGUGUUUAGAUGAAAUGAUUUGUGUAAAAGAGCAGCAACUAAAGUAAGACGGUGCCAACAUUUCUCCUCCGCUUCUUUGGGUUUUAAAGUCAUUCAUGAUCAAAUGUUCUGUACAUAAGAUGUUGAGGACGCUCCAGAAAACAGAAGAGUGUGUUUCUACUUGAAUCCUGAGCAGAUUUCUAUUGCGGUGGCCGUUCAUUCAUUCACUCAUGGUUGUUUCUGUGUUUGUUGUUGUUGUUGUUUUCUCACACUAAAGCAGUCCUUCAUUAUAUAUGCAAAAGAGCAACAGAAAAUGAGCGAGUGAAAGAGUUUUAAGGGCUUUUGGUAAGUUUGUAAAGCGUAGUGUUUAUAGAGAUCCUCUGUCUUUUGACCUUUGACCCUGAGAGGUCGUGCUGUUUUCUCCGUGAGUGUAAACGGACAGAACUGAACCAGCAGCAAAAAAAAGAGCAAUCCAUCUGAUUCCUGUUGAGUUUUUAUUUUGGAAUAAAAUAUUGUUGAAAUCGA